AGCGAUUCGUUGCAUGUACUGGCAGUGAUGAUCUAGUCAUUAGUGAAACUUUUUUCAAAGCAAGCUAAAAUAAUUUAAAGAUGUCAGGAUUGAGUUUCAACCCGAAGAAAAUGUUUCGAGGCAUAUUUCGGAGGCAUAGGUCAGAGAAGAUGGCGGAAAAUCAUGAGAAGUCAUUAGCUCCUGGAAAUGGGCUGAAAUCUGCCAAGUCGUGUCCGUUUGUGCAUGUUCAAGGGGAUGAAAUGUCUGGAACUGAAUUCCAAUCGAGACUGAGCUUGUGGAUGGAUCCUAGAUCAGGAACUCCCGGAUCAGUUAUGGAAAACGAAAUUACAGUGCGAUCGCCGCAUCAUUUUCAACGAUUGUCGGCGGAUCUUUUGUUGAUUUGUCAAUCAAGAUGUGACAAUCCGGUUGUAAGGGAUCUCUUGAAUGAUGAUUCGUGGGAAACAGACGAGCUGAGUCCUACUUCUGCAUUGAGUCCUCGGCCAGCAAGUCUUGCAGUGAGCCCUAGGAGCAUGGAUGUAUCAUCUGUUAGAUCCCACGAAGAAGCUAUCCUGGGUUCAGAGGCGAUUCAUCCGUACCUCAUCAGAAGUCCCCCUCCUGUGUUGGUUCGAGGUCCUCCUUGUGGGAAUGUUUUCGUAUUUCCGGAUAACAACCAGAAGAAAUCAGCCCGCUGUUUCAGUGAAGCCAGUUUUUCGCCUCCUGAAAAACGAACUGAGGAUAUGUCGCGGAAUGUGGAUGACUUGCAAAGCCUUCCGGUCACCCCGAAGAUGAAGAAUAUAUCAAAGAGGAAUUGGAUAGGUCGCAGUACGCCGGAUAUGUCUCACAUUCUCACCGCCUCGAAAGGAUCUGAAUGCUUUUAAUCGCUGAAAUUUCGAUUAAUUUACCUGUAUUCGCAACUUUUGCGUAGCUGAACGAACGAUUCCCUAACUUAAUUGAACUUGAUCGAGAAGUAUGAUGUAGAGACACUUACAUUAGCACUUACUUUAAAACUCCCGCACUGAAGGAUGUGCUUCCGACGCAUUUUACUAAAUCCUCAAAUUCUUAUUACUUUACUGUAAUGAGCCUUCUCAUGGCUGUUUCUGUUGCUUCUUUCAGGCUUCAGUAACGUGCCAUCUUUGGUUUGGUAUUUUCGGAUCUCAGCAGGAAUGCGUGAUGUGAAAUUUUCUAUCAUUAUUUUUAAAUACAAAAAAUGGAACUUUAACGAUUUGAAAAUAUAUGUGAACUUCCGAAUUGACUAACUUCAGAGUGACGCAUCUCUCGAGCUAUGUUUAUUUCAUUAAAUUAAAUUACUGUAGCUUGGAAAGGUAUUCGGAAGUUGUAUGAAGAUUUUUUAAAUGUUUUUUUUUCGUUCUUAAUAUCAAUCUCUUCGUUUUACAGAGCGGAAAUUUCGUGCGAUGCACCGUAGAAUAAAGAUAGGACACGAUUUUGAAACAAAAAUGAAAGAACUUUUUGAAACAUGGUCUUUGCUACUGAUUGAUGGAAAAAGAAGGGAAUCGGUUUGUCGUUCAUGCCCUGAUUCUUUUGUUUUUGUUCCGAGCAAUCGUGUAAGUCGUUUGAAAUCCGGAGGAAUCUUGGAAAUUUUGAAUUUUGACUAGUCAUGGAGCGUUCAGUGGAAGACUCGUUUUUUAAUCAGUGAUCUGUGUUCGGGAAAAGCUCGUCGGUUUGAAAACUUGAGGAUCUCAUUUUCGCAAAGGAAGCAAUUGAUGCAAGAUCUCAUUGGUGCAUUCCAUUGCGGUGCUCGUUUUAGUCGGUUUAUCGAGUGAGAGGAGAGAAAAAAGAAGUGUCGACAGGGUUUGUCUAGAAGGUGAUCUGGAAAUCCGUGUUCCCUGUGAGGGUAGCUUUAUUGUGUCUCGUGAAUUCGUUCCGUGUCAGUCAGGAAGUAAUUUAUCGCGGACUUGAGAAAUGUUUUUCAGUCAAUGGUGAUACUGCAUACUUGUUUCGAAAGCACAAUUAGUUCUUCCAACCUCGGGUGGAUUUUAUGUUGAUGAAAAAAAUCCGCGUGUUUGAGUUGUGUCGUAAUUUUCGGUCACCUUCAUUCCCCCGUUGUCAGUUUUCCCUGAGGCAUCGCCUCUUUUUCUUCGAACAGUUUCUGUUUGUUUUUAAAUUGCAGCCGUCAGAUGCAUUGUCAUUAAUGGUUUAUCUAAUACAUUUCAGCAUUGUGAGUGUGUGCGUGUAUGUUCAGACGUGAUCUUUACAAGUAUGGCCAGAUGUUCGGUUUUGUUCUUCGCCUGGUGAUGCUGCUUGGUAGGGUAAAUGAUAUAUACCGGUAAUGAUGAUUCUAAA